UAGGUCACCCUGCGAUACGCAUGCCCGUAUCAGACACAUAUACACACACGCUGGUUGUUGUGUGGGUUAUACGGGCUCACUUCCCCCGCGUUUUCUUUAAGUUUUUAACCCAAAUCUUUAAUAUAUUCCGAUCCCAACCUUGGGGUAUAGGUUCGUAGGAUGCUAUCAGAGUUUGUUGCUGUAUUGAGAUGAGAUUGAGACCAAGUUUUGUCGUCAGAACCGCGACAGUGUUCGGGGUGUUCUUCUUCGUCGUCUGGAUUUUUACUCGAGGAAUCGACGAAAAUGCGGUGGAAACAAAAGGCAGUGAGAGGAGAAGAAACCAGCCUCCCUGGCAGGAGAGGAGAGAGGAGUGGGAGAAACAGUUCCAGGAGGACAAGCUCUUCGUACCCAACAGGAAAAAGGACAAUCAGAUGCCGCAGCUCAAGGUACCCAACUUUAUCGGAGAGGAGGAAGAACAUGAGACGGAGUGGCAACAACGUGAAGUACCGCCCCGCUGUCAUGAAACCGGGCGAAAUGGGAAACUGGGAACCUGAGCCUGAGAGAAUAUCGGAUGCACCGGGAGAGGGCGCCAUCCCGUACAAACUUGGUCCAGAGUACAAGGAUGACAUAGACAAGAGUAUUAAGGAGUUUGGCUUCAACAUUGUGGCCAGUGACAAGAUCUCACUGGACAGAACAAUAAAAGACAUACGAGAUCCUGAGUGUAAGUACUGGCACUACGACACCAAGCUGCCUAACAUGAGCGUCAUCAUCGUGUUCUACAACGAGGCGUGGUCGGUCGUCAUGAGAACGGUCCACAGUGUCAUCAAGAGGACCCCGCCCGAACUGCUGGCGGAGAUUGUCCUGGUGGACGACUUCAGUACGAAAGAACACUGGAAGCAGAGGCUGGAUGACUACAUAGUCCAGUUCAAGGGCCUGGUGAAGCUGGUCAGGAACAAGCAGAGGGAAGGGCUGAUCCAGGCACGCAGCAUCGGGGCACGGGAGGCCACCAAGGGCAAGAUUCUAGUCUACCUGGACUCCCACUGUGAAGUUGGCAUCAACUGGGCUCCUGCUCUCAUAUCUCCUAUAGCUGUCAACAGAACCACCUGCACUGUGCCUUUGAUUGACGUGAUUGACGGUAACAACUACAACAUCUAUGCCCAGGGUGGGGGGGACGAGUACGGACAUGCCCGCGGGGCCUGGGACUGGAGUCUGCUGUGGAAGAGAGUUCCUAACAUAUCCAGGGAGAGGGCCAGGCACAAAUAUCACUCUGAGCCUUACUGGUUUGGAGAGGGCCAGGCACAAAUAUCACACCAAGCCUUACAGGUAUGUGCCCCAGGGGUGGGGAUGAGUCUCCAGGGUGGGGGGGACGAGUACGGACAUGCCCGCGGGGCCUGGGACUGGAGUCUGCUGUGGAAGAGAGUUCCUAACACAUCCAGGGAGAGGGCCAGGCACAAAUAUCACACCGAGCCUUACAGAUCCCCUGCCAUGGCUGGUGGCCUGUUUGCCAUUGACAGGGAAUACUUCUUUGAGCUGGGUCUGUACGAUCCUGGACUCAAGAUCUGGGGCGGGGAGAACUUUGAGAUCUCUUACAAGAUUUGGCAGUGCGGAGGCGAGGUUUUGUUCACGCCGUGUUCGAGAAUCGGACACAUUUAUCGUCUAGAGGGCUGGGCCGGUAACCCUCCACCCGCGAACUCAGGGUUGUCUGUGGUGUUACAGAACUACAUGCGAGUAGUGGAGGUAUGGUGGGAUGAGUAUAAGGAGUACUUCUAUGCAAGCCGUCCAGAAAUCCGUAACCACCCGUAUGGUGACAUCUCAGAACUAGUGGCCUUCAGAGAGAGGAACCACUGCAAAAGCUUCAAGUGGUUCAUGGAAGAGAUCGCCUAUGACAUCGUGGAGCACUUCCCACUGCCUCCUAAGAACAAGAUCUGGGGAGAGAUCCGAGGGAUAGACUCGGGCCUGUGCCUGGACAGCAUGGGGCACAAGGACGGUGGAGAGAUGGGGAUCGGUGGCUGUCACGGGAUGGGCGGGAACCAGAUGUUCCGUCUGAACGAGGCUAACGAGAUGGCUCAGUAUGACCAGUGUAUCCACGUGGUCGGGACCCAGGUCAAACUGGACCACUGCGACACGGAGCAUACCAGAUAUAGGGGGUGGGAGUUCGACGAGGAUAAGAAGAUGCUGCGUCACAAAAUCGGGAAGUGCCUUGACCGGUCCGAGAUUCUCCACCAGGUCUUCAUGUCAGACUGCGAUGAGUCAUCAAAAACACAGAAAUGGGAGUUCAACCAGGUCAUGGCCAUGUAAGCCUGACCACCCCCUGGCAAAAUGGAAUGUUCCAUCCUACUUUUCACCACUUGUUGCCUGCAACUUGGGUUGUUGGACUUAGAAUUAGGGGUGUCUAGAUGACACUUUAUUUUUUGAGUGAACUGUCCAAUGUUUCCUUUAUAAAAGGGCUGCUUUUUAGCUGUAUAUUUUGGCUGAUAAAAAUGUAAAUUGUCUUAAGAAUUUUAUAGGGAGUAAUUGGGAAAUGGCAUGUUUAUUAGACACUUUAGAUGAUUGAAGUAUAAGGUCUUAUAUCUUUCGCCAAUAAUAUUGCACAGUUAGUGGCUUAUGCCAGUCCAAACAAGGAUACAAAAUUACUUUCAAAUUCAACAUUUUGUCAGGUGCACAUUCAAGCAUUUGCACAAAUGAAAAACAUCCGUUUUUUAGCAAUUGGAAAUUCUUAGAUGCCUCUGAGUGGAGACUUUUUGUAGAACGUCAGAAUUUUACGACAAGGAACAGAUGACAAUAUGCAAGCAUUACAUUUUAUAGGGACCAAUGCUACUAGUACAUCUAGUACACAGUGAAUUGUUGUAGCAUGGAUACCAUGUCUCCAUAGUAUACUGCUGGAUCAAGAUUUUUGCUGUCUUGCAUUACCAUGGUUUAAACAUUAAGCCAAUGGUUAUGCAAAGUGCACUGCAGUUUUCACCUAAAUGCCUUUUUGGGACCAUUGAUUAGGGAUAUAAGAUGGCGAGAACUAUUCAUGCAAAUCUUGUAUCUCCAAGUUUUCAGUGACUGUGCAUUUUCAUCGUUUUCUUCUGUAAGAUGAGCUUUUUGGGGGACCGUUUCAGAUUGUUCAGUUCGACCCUCCCUGUUGCAUAAAUGAACUCAAGGUGUUCUUGGAAAAGAGCACAGAACAAAGGAGCCAAUUUCUGGCGUAUGAAAUAGCAAGUCCAGUGACCACGAACACAUUUUUUUUUCUCUAGCUUAUUUGUUUUGACCACUUUCUAUGCACCUAUUUCAUAUACCUUUAACUCAACACUUUAAAGUUGCAUUUCACAAAAUCUGGGACCCUUAAUUUGAUUCAUCUCUGCCAAAAAAUUAGGCUUAAUUUGCUUUUGAAAAUAAUGUUUGAGCUCUGAUUCUAAAAUUUAUAUUGGUUGCUUUGUUUUUAUAGUAGCAAACAGAUGUAAAGGUGUAAGAAAUAGGCUUCGAUUGAUGCAUAUCUUUGUGAUGCAAUCAGUGACAUUAUAUGAUUUUAGAACAUAAAACAGAACAGCCUGGUCAUUUUUGGCUACCCCUUAUGAAGAUAUUUAAUGUAAUAGUCCAAUGUUUGAUAAAGCUGAUAGAAAAGAUUGAAGAGUUAAUAAGUGUAUAUGAUGCCGCAGUGGAAUUUCAAGUGCAAUUAUAAAGACUUAGGGACUACUAUUGGGCAAAUUAUAUACAGCAACUAAUUAGGAUGGCCUAUAGUGUUAGAAGUAAAGACUUUGCCAAUGAGUUUUAUUUCAAUGCUUUCUGUACAAAAAGUUAAAGCCGUAGAGCAAAUUAAAUACAAAGAUAUGUACGUUUUAAAAGCAAAACUCCUUUUUUUCUGCUACAUUUAAAUACAUAUUUAGACAUUUUCCUUUCCUUGAAAAAAAAAAACACAAACAGAAAUCCUUACAAUUACUUUCAAUUUGACAACUUUCUUUAGUUAUGAAAAUCUAGAAAAGACAGAAAAUGCUUUAAAAAGCUUUUCUUCAAGGUCAAUUUACAUCGUAAAAUUUUUCAAUAUGCAAUAAUCAUGAAUCAGAUUUAAUUAACUGAAAGAUGACUUAAGUUUCUUAAGUACUUAUCAUUAAGUUGGCAGUUCCUAUUUUCAACCAUUCUUUCUAUUUUCUUCAUAGAAAAUACUGAUAACGUUUUUAGAGUUGACAUUAUUUCACAUUCAAGAGUGUACUUAGCAAACUUUAAUGUAUACAUGUAUGUCAUACUGUAUAGAACUGUUAGUAAAUGAGGAUUUUUGGUGUUAUUUGUAAGUUGUAGAAUAUUUUGGUGCAGGCACAAAGAAAUGGAAUUAUCAUAAUUUUAAGCGUUAAAUUCAGUGUUGUACAUGUUGAUCUUGUAACAAUUAAUAUUAAGUGAAUGCAAUAUGUAGAUGAAAUGUACUUAAUGAUUUUUGUUCAAAACCAUAGCAAAUAUAAGGCAUAUUACAACGAAAACCUCCUGUUUUAAACUGACCGUAAAUGAACAGGAAGCAGCCAAUGAGAGUGUUCAUCUCAGAAAUAAGUGAAUCUGAUUAGUUAAGCUAGUCAUCAGCAACUAACCAAUGAGACAUCUGAAACAUGAACAUUCUGAUUGGCUAGGAUCUAUGCAUUACAACAUAUCAGUUUUAACCAGAUUUACUUAGCAAUUUAACAUAGUUCUGUUCCUUCUACUUUUGUGCUGUACAAGACAAAAACAUAUAAUGCUGGUGAUUUUCUUCAUUAUAAACAGCUUUGUAGCAUAUCCCUGAUGUACUUCUAGUCUGUGAACAUUAAGAAUACUUUGUAUAGUUUGAGAUUGUAAAUUUUCUGAGAGUUUCAUGUGAUAUUGCAAUAUUUUCCACAUUCAUCGCAAUGGGAAAAUCAUUACUUGUACUCUGUACAAUUGUUUUUAGUAAAUGAUGAGAUUGUGAAA